CCAAGUCGGGCUGGUCGCGGCAGCCAAGGUGGUGGUACAGACGACACUCCUCACUCUUGCCCUCACUCCUGCCACUACAACUAAUCUACCCAGGGUAAAGCAAGUGCAGUUACAACCUACGCUCGUAUGCGAAAGUGUCGGUGGAAGAAGCGUGGCAUGACAAAGUUUGACCGUCCAGGAAUACCUCAAUAAGCACCUAGAUUUGGCGGGAGAGCAAGGAAGCGCAGGGCCGAGGCAUCAUGUUCGGCUUCCUGAAGAACGUGGGGCAGGACAUUCUGCAGGACGUGGUGGAGGGCUCCCAGGACGACAGGAAUAGGCAGGGCUCUAGCAGGGACUACCACUCUGGGGGCGGCCAGCAGCCCGCCCAAGGGUACAAGGAUGUCACGGACCAAAUCACGGACGAGCUGGGCACCCUCAGGCCCAACAACCCUCAGCAACCCGCCGGCGACUACCAUGGAGGCCAGGGAGGAGGUGGACAGUACCAAGGCGGAGGACAGUAUCAGGGAGGAGGACAGUAUCAGGGAGGGCAGUACCAGGGAGGAGGAGGAGGAGGAGGAGGAGGAGGAGACAUGAUAUCUGGACUCAUCGGUGGAUUUCUUGGCGGGGGUGGCGGUGGCAGACAGGAUCAGGGUCAGCAGAGAAAUGAUGGCAUGAAUGACCUAAUAGCAGGCAUGGCUUCCAAUUACAUUGGUGGCAUGAUCAGCAGCGGCCAAGGAGGCAGUGGUGGGGGAGGAAGUGGAAUACGUGACCAGGUGAUUUCAGGUAUUGCCUCCCAGUACAUCAACAAACUCGUCAGUGGUGGAGGGCAAGGCCAGCCAUCACAGAGGUCACAAGAUGAUGUCCUCUCAGGCAUCGCCUCCAGUGUGAUUGGUGGACUUGUUGGUGGUGGUGGCAGUGGAGGCAGUCAGCCCAGACAUUCUGGAGGAGCCAUUGCCUCAAACAUCAUCGGCAAGAUUGUUAGUGAUGGUGGUGGAGCCUCAGAUGACCUCAUUAGCCAGAUAAAUGUCCAUGGGCCAGGACCAAUGCCCCCUGGACAUGCAGUGCCAGGAAGGCCCUCAGGUAUUCCUGGGGGAAUGCCUGGGGGCCAGCCUGGAGCACCAGGGGGCCAAGGAGGGCCAGGAGCAUCACUUUACCGAACCAUUGCUGCCACAGCAGUAGAGGCUGUAAUAGGCAACAAGCUUGGUGAAGGAGUAAUGGGGGAUGUGGUGAAGGCAACCUCCACUGAUGUACUGGCUGAUGUUAUGGAGGGAGCAGUAGGGGCACAGUUCUCCACCAAGGAGGAUGGAGAAGUGGUUGAGAACCUGACCCAAACCCAGUUGGAUCCUUCCAAGCACCGCAUCAUUCCUAGUGCUGGUGUCCCCCUUCAGUCAUUUUGGGGUCAUCCCACGAAACACCGUUCCCUCAUCUCAUCCAUCAUGAGCCGCGGCGCCUACCACCUCCGCGACCGGCUGUUCAGCAGGGGCCCCCGCAAGGCGGCGCGCAUCACCCCAGCCCACGCCGUCUUCAGGGAAAUCAUGGCAUUAAAGGAAAUCACAGAUGAGCCACAGCUGUUUAUUGAUGGAGCCACACGCUUUGAUGUCAAGCAAGGAGAACUGGGUGACUGCUGGCUGUUGGCUGCUGUGGCAAACCUAACCCUCAACCGCCGUCUCUUCUAUCAAAUUGUGCCCAGCGACCAAGGCUUUGGAGAUAACUAUGCUGGCAUCUUCCACUUCAGGUUUUGGCAGUAUGGCCGCUGGGUAGAUGUUGUGGUGGAUGACCGACUGCCCACCUUCUAUGGCCGACUGGUUUUCAUGCACUCAGAAGAGAAGAAUGAGUUCUGGUCUGCCCUUGUGGAGAAGGCAUAUGCCAAGUUGCAUGGAUCGUAUGAGGCUCUAAAGGGAGGCACCACCUGUGAGGCAAUGGAGGACUUUACUGGUGGUGUAUCUGAGAUCUAUGACCUCACAAAGGCUCCUCCAAACCUUUUCAACAUCAUGCUGAAAGCUUACCAGAGAGGCUCCCUAAUGGGCUGCUCUAUUGAUCCAGACCCCAAUGAGGUGGAGGCACGUUGUGACAAUGGUCUGAUUCGUGGUCAUGCGUACUCCAUCACUCGCAUCAAGUUCUGUGAAAUUCAGACACCUAGAGUUUCUGGCAAGAUCCCUCUGGUCCGCAUUCGAAAUCCUUGGGGCAAUGAGGCUGAAUGGGUUGGCCCUUGGAGUGACAAAAGUCAAGAAUGGCAGUUCAUUCCUCCUGAGGAGAAGGAAGAGAUGGGCCUCACCUUUGAACAUGAUGGAGAGUUCUGGAUGUCCUUCAAGGACUUCCUUACCAACUUCACCAUGCUGGAGAUGACCAACCUGAAUCCUGACUCCCUGGAGGAUGAGGACAUCACUAGCUCUGUCCAGCACAAGUGGGAGAUGAGUGUCUUUGAAGGGGCCUGGAUCAGGGGCUCUACCGCUGGUGGCUGUAGGAAUUUCCUUGAGUCAUUCUGGCACAACCCACAGUACAGGAUCACUCUGAGUGAGGUGGAUGAUGAUGAUGAUGACAACAAGUGCACAGUGAUUGUGGCACUGAUGCAGAAGAAUCGCCGCUCACAAAGGAAGCUUGGCCUGGAGUGCCUUACUAUUGGCUUUGCAAUUUAUCAUUUGCGGGACCCAGACAGUGUUCCUCGGCCACUGGACCUGAAAUUCUUCAAGUACUCAGCAUCAGUUGCUCGCUCCCCAUCUUUCAUCAACAUGAGAGAGGUUUCAUGCCGUUUCAAGCUGCCCCCUGGCACAUACUGUAUUGUGCCAUCUACCUUUGAGCCUAAUGAGGAAGGAGAAUUCAUUCUGAGAGUAUUCUCUGAAAAAGCUAAUGAGAUGGAAGAAAAUGAUGAAGAUGUGGGCUUCGGACAGGUGGAUGACAGGGAUGAACAGGAUGGCCGAGGUUCACAAGUGAAGAGAGUCCAACCUGAGGAUGAUACACAGGAAGUGGAGGCUGAUGAGAGGAUCAAUGCCUUCUUCAGGAAAGUUGCUGGUGAUGACUUAGAGAUUGACUGGAAGGAGCUGCAGGAUGUCCUUAACUUUGCCCUGACAAGAGAGUUCAACUUUGAGGGCUUCAGCAAAGAUGUAUGUCGUAGCAUGAUUGCCAUGAUGGAUGUGGACCGCUCAGGCAAGCUGGGUCUCCAAGAAUUCCUGCAGUUAUGGAUGGAUAUCAGACUGUGGAAGAAUGCCUUCAAGCUAUAUGACAAGGACAACUCCGGCCAACUAUGUUCAUUUGAACUGCGUCAGGCCCUCAACUCUGCUGGCUAUCGCCUCAAUAACCAUGUUUGUGAUGCCCUCAUGCUGCGCUAUGGGGACCGGGAUGGCAAAGUGUCAUUUGAUGACUUCAUCAUGUGCUCUGUGAAGUUGAAGACCAUGAUGGGCCUACAGGAUGACCCAGACAAGAUGCAGGAAUUCUAUGAAGAGCUAAUGGCUGAGCAGCUAGAGAACCCUGAAGAGGAGGAAGAACAGGAGGGGGAGGAGGAGGAAUAAAAAAUUUUCCAGGAGAGAGACCCUGACAAGACUUCUAAGGCCACCUUCAGCCUCGAGGAGUGGGUAGAAAACACCAUGUACUCAUAGAACUACUUCAGUUUACUUACUGAAUCUGGAUAACUUUACUGCAAUGGGGGUUUAUUUAUAAAUAUGUAUGGUGAUUUUUGGAAGUUUUGCUUUAUUGAUGCAUCUGAUGCAUAUGCAGACUUCUUGUGUUGUGAAUUUAUUAUGUCUAAUGAUGCCAAAUUUAAGACCCAUUGUGUUAAGCUGGUCAAUAAAUUGUAUUCUUAUAUUUCAGCUGUGGUUCAAGUUAAUUACUGUAUCAAGCUAAUGUUGAGUAUAUAUAAUUUUUACUAUAAAAAGUUCAAGAGAUUUAAUAUGAACACCUCAAAAAGGAAAUUACAGUGUAUAACUUUUUUGUGAUAAGUUUUCAACUCUCUUCAGAAAUAUGCAGCAAUAUAUUUUUUUUCACUUGUGCACAAAUGGGGCAAGCAUCUGCUUUCUGCAGAGAUGUGGUGUGCAAUGAUGCCUCUUGAGUCCCUCCAUUCCAGCCACUUUAGGUCAUGGUGUCAGUUCCAGUAGCUUGUCAUAACUAUCAAAAUCUGUCAUGGUGCUAUGCUGUCCAUAAAUUGAAACUUCAUCAUUAUAAAAAUGUGGCUUCCUUUUAGUUUGAAAUUAAAAUUCAGAAAAUGUAGAGCAUUGUGUGUGUUCAAAAGGCAGUGAAUUAUAACAGUGCUGGUGAAAGUGUUUUCUAGAUGUGGCUUUUUUGUUUUUUUUUUUUUGUUUUUUUUUUUUUUUUUUAAUCUGUGGUUUAGUGUCUAGGGCUAUGAGAAAAAAUAUAUUUAUUUCAAUGUUAUUCUAUGAUGGUGGCAUUUAAAUAUAGCCACUUAGUAUUAAUGCUAUUGUUUUGUUUAUUAUGUGCUUAUGAGCAAAAUUUAUCGUGCUUUUAUUUUGCAGCUUUAUCUCCCAUUGUUAUAAUUUAGCCAUAUAGUAUAUAUAUAUUUUUUACUUUGACAGAGCCUUAGGGGAAAUACACUUGCCAUAACAGUU